AUGGAUUUUCCGUGGGUAUCCGAUAUCCCCAAUACCCGUAAACAGGCCUCCCGUAUACCUAACCCUGAUAUCGAUGAUAAUAGUACCAUGGACAAUUUCAAAAACUCUUUAUUUCAAAGUGAGAUACCUAAAACACUCUCGCGAAGCGGCUCGCGUUUAUCUUAUACACCGCCUUCCAACAACAACAAUACAAAAAUUUCGGAAAUAGCUAAACGUUCUCGUGCAGGUACCAUGCCCUCUUCCAGCAUCCCUCCUCUGAUGAGCCUAGGCCAUUCGCAUUUAUACAUGUCUGCAACCGCUCAGGACAGGCCAAAUCAGUCUCCUUCUCUAACUUCGUCAUCAGCAACAACUACAUUGCAUCAACCAGCUAACCUGUAUUCUCAUUCCAACUUGUCAAGUCCUUUGGACGAAAACGCCACAGACUCAAUCGCCAGCACGUUAGCGUCACUAGGUCUUCAUGAAGACAGUAGAAUCUUUCAACGUGCAAAUAGUAGUAAUAACAGUAACAAUAACGUGUCUUCGACUGAUACUACGACAGACAAUUCUGCACCUUCAAGUUAUCUCGAGUCAAUGACGCGUAACCGUGCAUUCACAGUCUCUUCUCGAAGCACUUUGACCGAUAUGACCCGGCCUCAUGAAUCGUUAGCCUUUAGUCCCUUCCCUGAACCAAACCAGCACCAUCAACUAGCGAUACCACAACUAUCUUCGCAACAACAACAACAACAACAACAUCAACAGCAACAGCAACAACAACAGCAAAACAGUAAAAGUGCUAAUCGUCCGCGUGCCAUCAGUUUGGGUAUGAUGGAUUCACCUUUGACUACCCCUCAGCUUCAACCACUACAACAGCUGUCGCAUGGCAGUACUGCAUUCUCACCUUUUGACAUAGUGUCGGAUUUUCAAAAUUCGGGAUCCACCAAUUCCAAAUUGACAGAUGAAAACAGUAACUUGAGCAACCUUAAUACUAACAGUAGCAAUAAUACAUUUAAUACCAGUAAUAAUCUAAAUAAUACCUCCUUACCUUUACUAUAUCAGCCUUGUACAUUCUCUACCACAAAUACUUUGAAUUCUCAAUCAGAUCUGGAUAAUGUCACAGCAACAUCGGACUUCCGUCAUGACUUGGUAGAAAAUUCUCAUUUACCUUCUACAAACCAUUAUCGCCAUCAGUCCUCUACUGAUACAACUGCUGCUUCAUCGUCCUCUGUCAUUUCCUCCUCCGCACAGAUUCCCUCGCGUGCUCUUUGGUUGGGCAAUAUCAACCCUUCCCUAAGUGUUCCUGAUUUGCAUAAAAUGUUUUCUCGUUACGGUCGUGUCGAAAGUGCUCGUAUUUUGUCCGAUAAGGAAUGUGCUUUUGUUAAUUUUGACUCUAUUGAUUCUGCUGUGGCCGCCAGAGAAGAUUUGGUCAACCGUUUAGGAUGCAAAGUGGGAGGUACGGUCGUGAAAGUAGGAUUUGGAAAAGCUGAUGUUGAUUUAGCUAUGGCGUUAACUCAAGAUGCUGGACCGAACGCUCAAGGACCCACUCGGUCUCUUUGGGUCGGUAACAUUCCCUCAAAUAUUAGUCCUGCUGUCCUAAGAUCUGUGUUUCAGGUAUUCGGUAGCAUUGAAUCUAUUCGUAUUCUGUCUCAUAAGAAUUGUGGAUUCGUCAACUUUGAACGACAAGAAGACGCUGUCCGCGCACGUAAACAGAUGCAGAAUAAAGAGAUCCUAGGUACUGGUACGGGUACUGUGCGUAUUGGGUUCGCAAGAGCACCAACAAACAAUCCUGGUGAAGUCAUCGAGGAUGUUGUCAUUUCCGGAAAAACCGUAACAUCUUACGCAACUCCCAACAACAAGCAGAAUCACAGCAGCAGCAACUAUAAGACUGCAGAAAGCAUGAAUGAUAAUGAUAGUGCUGUCGCAUUCACACGCAACGCUGCGGACAAGUCCAGAUUGGACGCACUUAAUUUGCCGUCAUCUUCAUCGGUAUCACAGUCUUCUUUUAAUAGCAGCGAUGAAAAUGCUGGUAACACAUCAGAUCUGACAUCAACAGAGCUUCAGAAAGCACUUACUCAUGAUAACAGCCAUGGUAACAACAAAAAUACGAAUACUAGUCAAUGGGCUACAGUCAUUUUGAUGGCCAGUAUGAUGAUGAAUGCUCAAAAGCAACAACAGCAAAAGCAAGAAAACGGAAAAUGCACUGUUAUUGAUGCGUUUAGCAAAACAGUUGAUGGCGAUACACCUGCACGUUUGGCUGCUGAGCGCAAAAUGAUCAUGCAACAGUUAGGCUACGAGCCAAAAGCUGAUGAAGUGGAUCGUGUUGUUAUUGAGUACAUGUCUACUAUUCCUACGGCUCCAGAAUUUGGUACCGACCGUAGCCUCAGCCCUGCUCGUUUAAGAGAAAUCAGAAAGCUUAUUGAUAAUGGACAAGGAAUGAAUGAUAUAGAAUCCAUUGCUAAGGAAUGCUACGAGGAGAUUGUUGAACUUUGUAGUGAUUAUAUCGGCAAUACAGUCGUUCAAAAACUUUUUGAAAACUGCUGUGAAGAAACCAAAUUCACUAUGCUCAAAAAAAUCGCACCCUACUUAGCCUCCAUUGGUGUUCAUAAGAAUGGUACUUGGGCAGCCCAAAAAAUCAUCACCACUGCAUGCACCGACGAACAAAUCGCGAUGAUCUGUGAGCAUAUUGCUCCCUUCGUUCCUCUCUUAUUACUCGAUCAAUUUGGCAAUUACGUCGUACAAUGUUGUUUACGUAUGGGGCCGACUCGCAAUCAAUAUAUAUUCGAUGGGAUCGUCGACAAGUGCUGGGAAAUCGGUCAAGGCCGCUAUGGUGCUCGUGCCGUUCGUGCCAUACUUGAAAAUGCCAUUGUUACCAAGGAGCAACAGAUCUAUGUUGCAGCUGCUAUCAUGCAAAAUGCCUUAUUAUUAACAACGAAUGCCAACGGUUCCAUCUUGGUUAAUUGGUUACUUGAUACCUCAGGAUUACUUGGACAAUAUCGUGCCUUAUGUAAUCUCAGUUAG